GUGAACAUGAGCCAGACCAACCAGACCUGGGUGACAGAAUUCUUCCUCUUGGGACUCUCUGAUGACCCUCAGACUCAGCGGCUGCUCUUUGUGUUCUUCCUGGUAGUUUAUUUGGGUACCAUACUUGGAAACCUGCUCCUUACAUCCUUGGUUCUAUUUGACUCACAGCUCCAUACACCCAUGUAUUUCUUCCUGUGUAAUUUGUCUCUGUCUGACCUCUGCUUCUCAACCACCACUGUUCCCCAAACUCUAAUCCACCUGUUGUCUAGGAAGAAAUUAAUUUCUUUCACAGGCUGUGCAGCUCAAGUUCUUCUCUUCCUGUUCCUUGGAAGUACACAGUGUGCUUUAUUAGGUGUGAUGUCCUAUGACCGCUACUUGGCAAUCUGUGACCCAAUGCACUAUUCCCUCAUCAUGACAUGGAGGGUGUGUGGCCUUUUUGCCAUAGGGUGCUGGUCCAGUGGCCUUGUUGCAUCCUUGGUGGACAGUACAUUCAUACUUAGCCUCCCUUACCAGGGAGACAAUCAGAUUGACCAUUUCUUCUGUGAGGCCCCAGCCCUUCUGGUUUUGGCAUCUGCAGAUACUCACAGAACAGAAUUGAUCAUUUUCCUUUUGGGUGUAGUGAUUAUAGUUACACCUAUGUCCCUGAUCCUGGUCUCAUAUGUGUGUAUCAUAAUCUCUGUCAUCAAAAUGAAGACAGCAUCAGGGAGACUCAAGGCUUUCUCCACUUGUGGCUCCCAUCUCAUUGUGGUCAUCCUUUUUUAUGGAGGAGCAAUAAUCAACUACAUGACACCUAAGUCUUCACAGGAACUAGGGAAGAUGAUAUCUGUGUUCUAUGCAGUGGUAAACCCUAUGCUCAAUCCCUUCAUAUAUAGCCUGAGGAACAAAGAUGUGAAGAGGGCAUUCAGGAAUGCAGCCAACAGGAAACCAUUCUGCAGAACCUGA